AUGACUCUAAAUCCGUUGUCAAAUCCGAAAGGAGUAAAGCUUCUCUGUGAAUUGUGCCAGAAACCAGCGUUUGUUCAGUGCACAAUAUGUCGAGUUACAUAUUAUUGUGGUGUGGAGCAUCAAAAAGCAGAUUGGUUGGGAAUUCAUGAGAAGAUUUGUGAUAAUCUAGCAUUAUUACGUCAACCUGCACCUUUCCUACCAUCAGAAGGAGAGAGAGAAAAAAGAGAAGCUGUCUUACUGGAUAAAAAGCGUCAGAUGAUAGAUCUUACUAGAACAACUGGUCAGAAAUUAUUAUUUGAAGGUAAACAUGAACAAGCUGUACCAGCGGCCAUGCAGUCUUUAAGAUUUGCUAUAGAUGUCUAUGGUCUAUCCAGUAUUGAACUAGUACCUUCAUAUUUGAUAUUAGGAGAAGCCAGUAUAGGUUUAGGUCGAUUGUCACAAGCUGAAGAAUAUUUAGCUCAGGGUCAAUGGACAGUGUUAAAAACACCAGAAUGUUCAAACGCUAUAAAAUCAAAACUGUAUCGCAACCUUGGUUUACUUCAUGCUGCUAAAGGAGAAUAUGACGAGGCCCUGAGAAACUUGGCAGAUGAUAUCUACCAUGCGUCAGUAGAAUUUGGAACUGAUGAUAUCAGAACUUCUGGAGGAUAUUUUCACAUGGCCAAUGUAUUUUUUAGACAGGGCAAGAUGGAAAUAGCUGAUUCUCUCUACAGACAGGUAACAGAUAUAUGGUAUAACCAUCUAGAUAGUAUUGUAAAAUGUAGAACCAAGACACCUGAAACACCAAAAGGGAUGUUUUAUAAAAUGUUUUGUUUUCUAGAUGAAGCACAAGAAGCAGAAGCCGUCCAAGUAUUAAAUUCUAUUUAUGAUAUCAGAGAACAUCAACCUAACCGUAAAGCACCGGACCUGGCGUUAAUCUGUCAUGCUCUAGCUAUGUUAUAUUUUAUUUUCCAUCAAGUUAAAAAGGCAAAAGAGUUUGGAAGAAAAGCCGUAGUAACCAGUGAUUCCAACCCAGAUGAAAAUUUUUCCCGUAAAAUUGUAGAAUUUAUGAAAAUCUGUGAUAACGUCAAGUAA